AUGCUCGACGAGAACCUCCCAACCUUCUAUUUCAGGCAAUCGUCUGACAACCCGCUCGCGACCUUCCUAUACUUCUCCCAGAACGGUUCCGAACUGGGCGCCGAAUACUCGAUCCAGAAGUUUGACCCAGCUCUCCCGCAGGCCAAGAACAAGUAUGCCGUGGCCAUUGGGGACGCCGCAGCCCAGGGCGUCAUCUUUGCCGAGGUCCUGAUCGAGCCCGAGUUCCAACAACCCACCCUCUCAGCAGCCGAGAUACGCGCCCAGAACGGCAUCCCGCCCUCUCCCGUGCCCAUCAUACCCGACGGCUUCACCAUACAGCUAUACAACCCGGACCAGCAGGUGUCUAUAAGGGGAGAGAAGAGUACCUGGACAGGCAAGGAGUCGUUCGACUUCGAGAUGCCGCAGCAGAGCUUCCGUCUGCCCUCCUCGUCGAAACUCGACCGGCAACAAAGCGACCCCAUGGCAAGCAGCCUGACGCCCAAGAUCAUUUUCAAAUGGAAACGCGACAGCAAGUUCUCCAAGGACAUGACAUGUUACAUGACGGGCGUGUCCAUCGGCGGCAAGAAAAGCAAGGAGCCGGAUAUUACCAUAGCUAUGUACAGGCACGGGAGGCAACAGAGCGUCACCAUCUACGAGCCGAACCUACAGAGGGUGGAGGUAGAGGAUCGCAAGGGCCUCGAGGUUGUCCUGCUACUUGGCGCCGAGGUCAUCCGCGAAAUCUAUCUUUUCCCCAGUCGCGACUCUUUCAACCUCAACGGCGCCCCGCCGAACAGGCGCAAGAACUCACGGCCUGUGGCGGGACGGUCAGGGUCGCCAAGAUCAGAUUCUUAUGCAAUGAGCGGCGCGGGGGGCAACAUGGCACCCGCGAAGGCUCAGUCGCCGCUCACUCAACAACCGACUCCGCCUCAGGAUGCUAGGGUCGAUGCUGAAACGAAACGACUGCAGGCCAUCGUACAGCAGGAGGAGCGUGAGCGGGAGAGGCAGGAGAAGGAGGAGGAGGAGCGCAUCAAGAAGAUGCUUGACGAUGAAGAAAGGGAGAGAAAGCAACGCGACGAAGAAGUAGCCAGAGAGACAGAGAGGCUGAAGAGGGAGUUUGGACUCGAAGGGCAGGACUUUGGGCCAACACCAAGCCUCCCCACGCGGACGACGGGGACACCGAGUAACCAGGCUGGUCCGGGUCGCCCGAACUUGCAAGCUCCGCAGCAAGCACCACGGCCUUCUAGCGCUGGACCGCGGCCGGGUGCUUUUAGCAACUGGUUUUCACCACCGCAACCUCAACUUCAACCACAGCCCCAGCCCCAGCCUGGCCGUAGGAGAGGUGGAAGCGGAGAAGGGAAGAUCUCUAAGAAAAAGAGCACCUUCUUCUAA